GAGGGAGGGAGGGAGAGAGAGAGAGAGAGAGAGCAGCUGCCGACCGACAACCAGCCUCCUCUGCGGGACAACAAAGGAGGUGCCGGGCUCACAUCACGACUCCAGUCAGCACAACUCAACAUCUGAAUCGUGCCUGAGAAGAAAUCUUGAAUAUUCACUCAAUCUUAAGAAUUUGACUGGACAACAUGGAGGAACACUUUGAUGAGAGAGAUAAAGUGCAACGCAGCAGCCGAAGUGCAGGGCGGGCGAACGGGCUUCUCAGUCCCACUCACAGCGCCCACUGCAGCCUGUACCGGACACGCACCUUGAAAGCUCUGAGCUCGGAGAAGAAGGCAAAGAAAGUGCGAUUUUACCGCAAUGGUGACAGGUACUUCAAUGGCAUAGUGUAUGCCAUUUCAUCGGACCGAAUAAGAACCUUUGACGCUUUACUGGUCGACCUCACUCGAACCCUCUCUGAUAACGUCAACCUGCCCCAAGGGGUCCGAAUCAUCUACACAAUCGAUGGCUCUAAAAAAAUCACCAGUGUAGAUCAGCUGAUGGAAGGUGAGAGUUAUGUGUGUGGCUCCACCGAAGCCUUUAAAAAGCUUGACUACUCUAAUAACGUCAACCCUAACUGGUCUGUGAAUGUGAGGGCCUUGGGCUCCAGCAAGUGUCCCACGUCUCUAGCCAGCUCGAAAUCAGAGCCGCAGUCCAAAGAGGGCAAAGACUUCAUCAGACCCAAACUGGUCACCGUCAUCCGCAGUGGGGUGAAGCCACGGAAGGCAGUUCGCAUCCUACUCAACAAGAAGACAGCCCACUCCUUUGAGCAAGUUCUGACUGACAUUACAGAUGCUAUAAAGCUCGAUUCUGGUGUUGUCAAGAGGAUCUACACCCUUGAGGGAAAGCAAGUCAUAUGCCUUCAAGAUUUCUUUGGAGAGGAGGACAUCUUCAUCGCAUGUGGCCCGGAGAAGUUCCGUUACCAGGAUGACUUCAUGUUGGAUGAAAGCGAGUGCCGAGUGAUGAAAUCAACAUCCUAUGGGAAGAUGGGGUCUUUAAACAGAAGCUCUCCUAGAAGUAUCACCCUUUCCAGACACAGCAAGUCACCUUCUGGAUCAGUGAAUGGGACCCUAGCCAGUCAACUGUCUACACCCCAUUCUGCAAAAUCACCCAGUCCAUCUCCCACCAGCCCAGGGAGCUUGAAGAAACGCAGGGAAAUGGACAAGGCCAUCAUUGACAGCACAUCUUAACUUCCCCACUUCUUCAAAGUGGCACUAAGAUCCACAAUCAAUCCUUAGUCUGGGCCACUACUUUGGGAAACAUUCUGUCUCUCACGUUUCAUCGUCAGAGUUAAGCGUGAAAGUCCACUAGCAUCAAUCAUGGAAAAUGACUUCUGCUUGUAGUAGAGCAGCAAUCUUAAAGUUACACUGAAACUUGGGUCCAAAAUUAACAUUUGCCAUUAAUCUGCCAGUGGUGAGCAUUUGAGAGAAUUAAUACCAAAAGUUUCUUUACCUGCUACGAAGCAGUAUUUUUCACAAUUUGUAAACAAAAUUUCAAAUUAUUUGGCAUUUUUCCCAGGUUGUCAUUCGCAGCAUCAUAUAUAAGGUGAUAUUUAUAUAUUUCCUCUCAAGUGUCACCACACUGAGUUCUGAAGACUCCUUGAUUUUAUACAGUUCAUAUUUGUUUUAAACUGAAUCGCUCAAAUCACUUACAUCAGUGAGGAUGACUAUAUAAGACUAUACAUAUAAAUCGUUUACUGUUACAUUAUACUAUACAGUUUCUAAUAAUAUUACCUGCCAAUAAGCAAAUAAUGUUUUAUUUACUCACCAAAACCAAUUUUUACUCACAUAUGGUGCUUGGCGAGUGCUAAUUUUGGACCCUGAUUGAGACAGCAUGGAAAAAGAAAAAUGACAUGAUACAUGCUGUUGAAGGAGCAUGCAACUCACCAGGAAAUGUUUAUCUAUUCACAUUUUUUUUUUCUAAAAGACACAUUAUUACUUGUUUUCAGAGGAUGGUUUGUGUAUGAUUGUGAGGAGAUUGUGCGCAUUUGACCCAGUCAAACAGUCUAAUCCUGAAGUCGAUAGACGGUUUAAUGCAGUAGAAACUUCUCCUUCCCAGUCCAGAGAUUAUCUCCUGUUAUAAUACGAGCCUUAAAACCUAGUGACUCUCUGUCUUAAGAAUCAAGAGUCUCUCUGUCUCCCAAUCUUUCUGAGUGUUUGUCUAUUCCUCUUUCCCAAUUCUGCAUGACUAAAAUGCACUAGAUUAUUCAAUCAUUGAGGAUAUUGCACUCCAUUCCAAAUGUUCAAAAUGUUGAGCUUUUGGGACACAUCCGAUCCAGCUGCAGUGCAGUUUUACAGCCAGCAAAACCACAUGCUAAUAUUGAGCCAAAAUAGAUUAAUCAGAAAAUACCAAACUGGAGUUUUACUGACCUUAAACCAGUUCAUAGUGAAUCUAAUGCUCUCAAUGUAUUCUUACUGCUUUUUUUAUUAGUUAAUGCCUUUCUCUUAAAAGUGCACUCUUAUUAUUGUUAACCCUUAAAAGAUUAUUAAAUUAAAUUUAUUACAAUUAUAUAUGAAACCAAGACAAAAGAUAUUAUUAUAAUAAAAAUUAUUUUACAUUGUUUGCCUAUGGGGGCCACCAUGUUAAGAUCACUUGAACAUUUAUUUUUUCUCUCUCUUGGUAACCCCACUGAUAGUUUCACUCAAAGAAUAAAUUAAUGGUUGACUGCAAAUAUGGCAGUUCUUCAAUAGCAUUGCAACUGGACAUUUUUCUUUUAUAUGACAUAAUUGACUGCACCUCUGAGGGAAAGUACAGACAUGUUCACAUUUUUAUAUUCUUAAUUGUUAGUUGUUAAGUUGUCAAGAUUAUAGAUUUUUCUUUUAUGCCAAAAAUCAUUAGGAUAAUGAGUUAAGAUCAUGUUCCAUGAAGAUAUUUAGUAAAUUUCCUACCAUAAAUAUAUCAAAACCUAAUUUUUGAUUAGUAAUAUGCAUUGCUGAAAACUUCAUUUGGACAACUUUAAAGGUGAUUUUCUCCGUAUUUUUAAUUUUUUGCACUCUCAGAUUCCAGAUUUUCAAAUAGUUGUAUCUCCGCCAAAUACUGUCCUAUCCUAACAAAUACAUACAUCAAUGGAAAGCUUAUUUAUUCAACAUUCAGAUGAUGUAUAUAAAUCAGAAUUUUGAGAAACUGGUCCUUAUGACUGGUUUUGUGGUCCAAGGGUCACAACUGUUGCAGAUUGCAUUAGAAGUGGCUAAACUUCCUCUUGAGAAAGAGUCUGAUUUUAAUGAUUCUAAAUGCGAUUCAGUCAACUUGCCGGCUGAGAGACAGAGAUGCCGAGCACUUUGUGUUUUCCCUCCACCCACCAGCAAAGACUCUCAGAUUCUCAUCAUACUUUCACUUAUCUUGCGCCGCAGCCUGAGCUCUUGAAGUUGGAUGAUCUCUCUGCAGUUUGAUUCUGUCAGAGGGCUUUGCUCUCAGCUCAUUGCUGUUGCAGAAUGAGAAUUUGGGACAGGAAAAUCUGCCCAAAGCAGAGACACAUCUCAGCGUCUUUGCAACCAUCUCCUGCAUAAGUGGGUCAGGCUUUGAAAACUCCCCAGUGGAGUUCUGUGAAUGAAGGAAGGAGAAAAAAAACAUUUGCAUAAAUAUGAUACAAAUGCAAAAGAACCGAAUGUUCUCUCCAAAUGUUUCCAAAAGAAGCAGGCACUUCUUUAUCUGGCUUAUGAAUUUAUAUCUCUGGAUGCCUCUGAAUGUUGUUAUUGCGUCUUUCUGGCUUGGUUAGUCAAUUAGUUUGCAGUGUGAACUUAUACAUUGCUAAAGUAUGUGAUAACAGCAGUACUCUGCUAGCAAUACGUUCCAAAGAUUGCCUAUUAUGAACCAUCUCUGAUAGUUUAUACUGCAGUUUUAAAUGGCCUUACUCCUUCCAAGUGAAUGAUUUAAGCACAGAUCAUUACUAGUGAUUUAUUAUUAAUUGGCUUUACUGCUCGAGCCUGGGCUGUGAAUUGCAUUCAACACAUGACCCACUUUCAGAAGCGAGCUACACAAGUCCCUAUACUGGGAAUAUAUACGUGUGUUUGUGUGGGGCGCUCUCUGUGUCCUCAGGCAUUAUCCUCUCCAUCUUUUCUCUUUCUUUCCACGAGAUUUCCGUUCCUCUGGGGGAAAAUAUGGAACACAGACACAUUUGAUGCUAUGGCGGCAAAUACAUUUUUAAUCUGUGUCAAAACACAUGAAAUAGGAGUGUAGGGACUUGUUUCCAAGUCUGCUAAUCCUUCUCAAUCUGGCUAAACAAGGAUGAAUCAAAGUAAAUGAGGUUACGAUUUUAUUCGUUUUUAUUCGAGUUGUGAGAUUAAAUGCAAUUUUAUUCCAGUCAUUUUGAUGGAUAUGUAGUUAAGUAGGUAGGAUGAGUAUUGUGUGUGUUGCAUAACAUGAAAAGUGAGGCCAUAAAGCUCAGCAUCUCACCUGUCUCUUUCUGAGUUGUUUAGGGCUGAACUGAAAAUGCGCCUGUUUGAUUCCUGAAUUUUAGUUGCAUUUAAAGUUGAAUGUGAAUUUUCAUAAAAACACAUUCUUCAUCAUCUCCAUUAAAUGAUGUCCCUCAAACUGUCUGUUGGGUUGCAUGCUCUUCACAUUUUCCUUUGGUGUUUUCACACCUGUAUAUUUUCUGUUUCAAUGACAUUGUGUUUGUGUGCAUGUACUGUAUGUUCUCCUUCAUUCCAUGAACAUUGAUUUAAAAAGGUACAUGAGCAAAAUAAUGAUGUUCUUAAAGGGAUAGUUCACCCAUAAAUGAAAAAUCUGUCAUAAUUUACUCACCCCCAUGUCAUUCCAAACCUAUUAUUUUGUGUAACAGAAAAAGAGCUAUUUUAAAAAACAUGCUACAGACAUGUUGCAUGGAGUGUUUCAUUUCUGAGUGAGCCUUUUCUUUAACUGCUCACUUCAUAUUCAUUUAAAAAAUAGACAACUUGAUACUUUGUCUCCGCAGUAGUUUUCAGUUCCAUUGGUUUUCAUUGUUUCUUGUUUUUCUUUCGGACUCUGCUCAGUUAUACUGUCCUGUAUAUCUUUGCUUUCAAGCCAUUGUCAAUCAUGUAGUUAUUAUAAUUUUUUUUUUUUUUUUUGAUAUUAGUUUUGUAUCAUAAUCUAUCAUUUUUAGUUGUUUUAAUGUAUAAAAAGAAAAGAUUGUGUCAUUUUCUGGUCAUUAUUUUGAAUGCAUUAUUUUAGAAUUAUGUUUAUUUGCCAAAAGGAUGUAAUGAAAUGGUUCCAGCAUGUACGUAUAAUUGAAGAUGUUAAUACAUUAAACAGUAAGUCUCUAUAUCUAGUAUGAACUUAACGGGGUGUUCUUUACAAAAUCUUUUGGGUCCUCCUCUGUUUUUUGCGACAGUUUGGCUCAGAGCUCCUUUAAUCACAUUUUAUUUGUCCCAGACUUUCCGGAUGCCAAAACAAUGUUUAUUUUGUACUGCACAAACAUUAGUGUUAAUUACAGCCCUGCAUUUCAAAAACAAAUUAAUGUAGACAGUCACGGAAUUAGAUUAUAGGUGUAAUCACCAAAUGUCCUGAAGUGACUCUUGUGAGAUUUUCUCACAUUGGUCUUAAUGGAGUUGCAGCUAAGUGGUCUAGCAUCUCUACAGCUAUUCCCCAAAAUCUCUGAGUAGCAGUGAUCCUGAUGAGAACAGCGGUAUCCUCUCUGGCCUUUGGAUUAAAUUUCCCAAUGGCAUCCCCAUCUCCACAAAACAAAAUCAUCUCUGCCAUUAAAUCAGUCAUUCAAGCCAUCAUGCAAUUAGUCUGCAACAAAAUCACAAGAGUUAUCUUAAAAUGUAAUAUUGUGGCAUUGUUAUUGAUACUGAGCGUGUUAAUUGUUUUAUUUCGAGAGAAUGAUUUGAUAGAGUGUUCCUGUGACACUACUUUAGGGAUCAUUAAGGUAAAUUUGCGUUAUCAGAAUCAUAAUUGCACAGACGCUGAAUAACAGACUGUUAUGCAACUGAGUACUUACAUUUGCAUGUGCACACAUGGAUUUAACAUGAUGCACUAUUGAUCAGUGGAGAACAAAUCAAAAGAAUAAAUACUUACUGCAUGGUUUAAUCUGUUUCUUUCCGGUCCUGAGAAAAAGCGCAGAAAUUCAGCCUGUUUGGUGUGAUUUGACCUAGCAUUCAGCCAGGAAACAGGAAGAAGCCUUAUAUGGGCUUGUCUCUGGCUGCUUCCUGUCUCGCAGAGGGAAAAUAUUAUUAGUACACUCCAACAGUUUCCAUGGUAACAAGAGUUUUGAUAGCGCCAGGACAAACUGUGAUCUGAAUGAAAUAGAAAAAGGAUGUGGAAACACACACACACACACACACUCGAGUCAAAACUGUUUCUGAUGACACUUAAACAACCCUAUCUUGGUGUCUCAUAUGCAUCCACUCAAACUGCCAUUAUCAGAUAGUGAGUGUAGGAGUGCUGGCCCUCCAUGACCCAGCCACUGGUUCGUCUCAGCAGAUUUGCGCUUCAUUCUCGCCAUUAGCAGGCCCUCUGAGGUGCAUCCGGGGCCGUUGUCACUAGCUGCUACAGUCCAAUCAAAUCCAUUUGAGUUCUCCCAGCAGUCUGGGGAGCACAGUGCUCCCGGAGACAUUAUUCCAAUUACUCUCCGCACGGACCUAAAAGGGUCCCUGCACCCUGACUGGCGGCAACCGAGAGCGAAAACCAAUUUACAGCACAGCCAGUAACUUCCCUCACACUUGCUGCUGCCAUGGCAACCAGCAAAGAUACACUCUGUCCUAACACUGUGCUGUGUUUAAAAGUGAGAAUGAGGAUUGUGUCCCGAGCGUGCUGGCCGUCCUGAUGGGAGUAGUAGACGGGGCAGCUUGAGGAUAUCCAGCACAGGUAGAAAAGACAGAAUACCCCAGUGAGCUGCUUCUCAGUGUCUGUAUUUUUGAAGUUAGGUGGUUGUCGGUGGUUUUUGUAGUUAUAUUUUUCAUAGACUUUGGCCAUGUACUGCUGUCUAUUUAGUUUAAAUUAAUUGGAUAUUUUCUU